UUUGAUUUGUUUUCCACUUUCAUGGUAAAAAUACCAUGAACAUAUUCUUCAAAACAGAACUUGCUAAUCGUUUCAUGGAGAAGGUUGAAAGCCUGAUCAAACUAGACUUGUGAUAAAAGAAGAUUUUGAUACCUGACAUUAUUUCUCUCAGGAAACGCGGUGAAAUGUUUAGUUUCCUAGCUCCAGUGCUAUAUGGUCUUGCGACAUGUUAUGGAAUGUAUGAAACUUGCUAUCGUGAUGAAGAUGAUAUUAUGGUGGAAUUGAUUGGUAACCAAUUAAGAAAAAAUGCAACUGCAGUUGAUACUGUUAAAGUUCAAAAUGAAGAUCAGUGCAUGGAUCAUUGUCUUUAUAAAGGCUACUGCGUUUCUUUUAAUGCCAUCCAAGAGAAUGAUAAGGUAUUAUGCGAAUUGUUUAACGUAACCAGUAAUGGAAAAAAAAUUGAACCAAAUAUAAAUUCAAGUUACUAUGAAGUUCAACAAACGUGCCAAAAUUCAAAUAAUACUGAAGAAAUUGGAAAUAAAAGACUUUUGGUAAAACAGGAUUGCGUUGAGUGGCUUAAAGCUGGAUAUAAAGAGAGCGAUGUUUAUGAAAUUCGUAUAGGGGGUACACCUACGAAAGUGUUUUGUGACAUGGAAACAGCUGGUGGAGGCUGGAUCAAGUUCCACAACAGAUCUGACGAUUCUGUAUAUUAUCCCAAAUCCAUGCAAGAAUACAAAGAUGGUUUCGGUAACUUAAGCGGGGAUUAUUGGCUUGGUCUUAAUAAUCUUGCCAAAUUGACUUCUGAGGGUGAACAUGAGAUUUAUUACAAAAAGAAAUCUACCUCGGUACAUGAAAUAGCUAAAGAAUUUAAAAUUGAAAAAGAAAAAUAUGCACUUAAAUAUAACAAAUGUACAUCAAAUCCUUGCCAAAAUGAUCCUUUAAAACAUGCUAAAAAUGAAGAAUUCAAAUUUAAUCAUUGUAUCGCUGCUCCUGCUGCUGCUGCUGCUCCUGCUGCUCCUGCUCCUGCUGCUGCUCCUGCUGCUUCUGGUUGGUUAAAACAAAACUGCAAUGAUAUAAAAGGUAUUAAUUUACAUCAAACGCACAGCUUGAUGUUGAGAAGAACAAAUAACGACUGAUAACUUUAAAAGACAUAUUUACAUAAACAAACGGAUGAUCUUGCCAUUUCUUCUUUUAGUCACUCUAAAAAAAGGUCGCCAACAUUGUACCACGGUAUUAUUUAAUGGAUGUACUGUUUUUCGCAUUAAACCGUGUUGUAGUUACUUAAUUCACAUAAGUUUUUCCCAAUUUGCAUUACAAAUAAAACUUGUUGCCAUUUUUAAUUUUGCUGAACAUAACAAUGCAAUUUUCAGUUUACAGGUUGUGCGCUCAGUUAAGCUUUUCACCGAAAACUACACUUGAUACAGUGAAAUUCUGCUAAAGCUAACACAGUUUAAAGCGGAUAGCUCUAUAAAACGAACAGUGGUUCUUGGAAUGAGUAGAUCUUAGGCUAAGCUCUUGCCAAAAAAGUCUCUAUAACACGAAAUUUUUUUUUGCACUAAAUGGAAUUCUAGAAAUAGAAUGAAGCAUAUUAACCAAUAUUAUUAUUUAGAACUUUUUUGUUAUAGUUAUAUAUUAUAACCUUUUUUUGUUUUUCUACCCAUUCAACUGCCAACACGCAUUAUCAACAACCACAAGAGAUCUUUAAUAAAGAAUUGAAAAUGGUGUUUAUCAAAGAAUACUUUCUAUCUUUUAUACUCUAUUAUUGCACCAGCUAUUACCAUUUUAUUUUUCUCAACAUAAAUUUGUUUCAACUCUUGCUUACUUGGUAUUUCCCAUUACGGACAGUACAAUGUUUGUUUUAAGCUGUUAGUUUCAAGUUGUUUGCUCUUUUUGCUCAAGUUGUUUUUAUUUCUGACUGAAUUUAUAUUUACGUUUGCACAUACAUUUAUUUAUUGUUUACGCAUUUCAGCAUUAAGAACGAUUGUAAAUUAUGGAUGCUUGAAAUAUAUGUCGAGUAAUAAUAAUGGUAAUAAUAACAACAAUAA